GUUGCAGUUGUUGAGAAGCAACUGCCGAGAUUUCCAGUCGACCGCAGUAGAACGUUCAUGACCAUUGAUCACAAUGUUGUUGUAAAUGUCAUGCAGUCGACAUGUAGUCGCAAUUCGGACAAGUUGUAUACACUUUCAAAGGCGGUGACAGACAUUGGUAAAGGUGAUACGCUCGAACGCGCCCAUUGUUUUCAAAUGUAGGCGUCUCCAGAGCGGUGCGUUGUUGACAGACGUGCGGAAGAGCCAAGGGCGCGACUCGCUAACCCAAAUAUCCUAUCACGCUCCAAUGGCGUCUGGGGGAGGGAGGGUCUUUCUUUCUGUAGUCUCUGAUUGAAUCAGUCCAGUUUCAAUUAGUUACAUAUACAAACUACGGCACAUCAGGAAGAAAGAAAAUAUAUUUGGACGAUUAGACUGCCCCUCUGGAUAUACUAGGGGACGUUUGGCAAAAGGAACCAAGAAGAAGCCGGAGAACGUUUUCGCCCAGUGGUCAGAGCCACUCACUCCUAGGUUACAGAUGAGAGGGAAACAAUACCAUGGACAACUGAAGUUGACAGCGCCUUGGGAGAAGGAUGCUGGCUACGGGAGAAAGCUCAGAACGCACAGGAACCAUACAAAGAUAAUAGCUCAGCCCGGCAUCGUGAUGAAGGUGCUACGCAGAAAGCGGAUUGUGUUGUUUAUAGCCUAUUUCUUGCUGCUGGUGCUGACCAUGCUGAACUUGGCCAAUUACAAAUGGACUAAAGUGCCCCAGCAGUGCAAUCACCAGAUGAGGAGCGCUUCCUAUCAAGGCAGGUCAGACAUCCGGUACCUCUACAGACCCUAUCUGGCUAAGAAGAGACAGUUGGUCUAUGUUCUGACCACAUGGAGGUCUGGGUCCUCCUUUUUCGGGGAGCUGUUUAACCAACAUCCUGAAGUGUUCUUCCUGUAUGAACCCAUGUGGCACAUUUGGCAGAAGCUGUACCCGGGAGACGCUGUGUCUUUGCAAGGAGCAGCCAGGGACAUGCUCAGCUCUUUAUACCGCUGUGAUCUCUCUGUGUUCCAGCUGUACAACAGCCCAGGUGGAAAGAACUUUACCUCCCUAGGACUCUUUGGGGCCUCCCUGAAUAAAGUGGUGUGCUCCUACCCUCUGUGCUCCGCCUACAGGAAAGAGGUGGUGGGGAUGGUGGACGACAAGGUGUGUAAAAAGUGUCCCCCUCAAAGCCUUAGACUACUGGAGGAGGAGUGCCUCAAGUACAGCACUAUCGUUAUUAAAGGGGUGCGUAUCCUGGACGUGAACGUUCUAGCCCCCCUCAUGGAGGACCCGUCGCUGGAUGUGAAGGUAGUUCACCUGGUCAGGGACCCCCGGGCCGUGGCCAACUCCAGGAUCAAGUCCCGACACGGGCUGAUCCGGGAGAACCUGCAGGUGGUCCGCAGCAGGGACCCUAAGCUCCGCAGGAUCCCCUUCGUCGACCCCAACCACAAAGCCAACAAGAAGGAGGGCUCGGACUACCACUCCAUCGGAGCCAUGGAGGUGAUCUGUGACCGCACCUCGCGGACCCUGAGGACGGCCUUAAACCCUCCCAGUUGGCUCAAAGGGAAGUACAUGGCCGUGCGCUACGAGGACCUGGUGGAGAACCCUGUGAAGAUCCUGAGGAACAUCUACAGCUUCGUCAACCUCACCACCAACCACGACAUUGAGUCGUUUGCUCUGAACAUGACAGGCGGGUCUAGUUCGUCCUCCAAGCCGUUCAUAGUGUCCUCCAGGAACGCCACUCAGGCUGCCAGCGCAUGGAGAACAGUGCUCAGCAUCCAGCAGAUCAAACAGGUGGAGGACUACUGUCAUCACUCCAUGGUUGUCCUGGGUUACGACAGAGUCAGGACGGCCGGGGAGGCCAAGGACCUCAGGAAGUCUUUACUGACUGUCUCCAAACUGUGACAGAAAAAACACCUUUUUUCUUCUUCUCCCUUUUCCACCAAAGACUGUACAUGUUGCAUCUAGUGCCGUUCAGUUAAUCGUGGAAAUUAAAACGCUUUGAAUCAGUGUUUUUUUGAGGAAAUCUACUUUUUUGGGGCACAUUGGAAUGUAUCUUAUUUGUAUUUUUCAGUUAAGUUGCAGACAGUUGUAUUUGACAGGACCACUACUUGUCAGUUAAGUUGCAGACAGUUGUAUUUGACAGGACCACUACUUGUCAGUUUGGACAACUGGAUGUUAUUAACAAAUCAAGAAGAACUAUAAACAAUGACUUGAAUAUUGAAACUACAACUACAGAAACAAACAGUGUAUGAUUCAUAUAUAUUGUUAAGAAAACACUUCAAACGUUUUAUUUUGAAUGUUCCUUUAACCUGAGAAAAUACUUGGUUUUCCAGUAUCCAUACUGUCUGUAAAAGUGAGAGAAGAAAUUGCAAAAAAAAGAAGUAUUAAUACAUUAAAAAAUGUAAUUGUUUGAGCAGGUUAUGUUACUUUGUGAUUAAUGGAUGGACUCAGAGACAAUCAUUAAACUGGUCUGUUAUAACUAUAA